CUUCAUUUCUCUUUUGGGUGGUGAAGACGGAAAAGGUUUGGAGGCUAUUCUUCAUCUUUCAAGGUUCAAUUCCUCUUUAAAGGUUUGGAGUUUGAAUGGAGAACAAUGGAAUGAGUAUGGCAUUGGGCAUUUUAGAUGAAAGCUUCCCAACUUUUCUUGAUCAAACCCAUAACUUUCCCAUAAACCAUACAGAUCUCACUCAACAUUUUCAACCCGAUUUCCCUUCAGUUGUUAACACUGAUGAAGCACCAUCCUAUGAUGCCUAUGAACAUUUUGGAUUCGACCGAAUGAUUGCGGAUUACGUAAAUACGAAAUGGGAUCAUUCUAACCAGUUUUUCGAACCUCCGAAGGAACAUUCCGGAUUCCACACGCAGAUGGAUUCGUGGGUUUCUUCUGAAAACAACUCUAGUCUCAGCUCAGACAGUAACGGGUGGCCGUCGUUGAAUCUUGAUACAGAUUCGCGUAUCAGCGGUCUUUUGCUGAUGGACAACUCGAAACAAGAUCAUUUUUGUAACAGUAAGAGCAUGUCGUCAUCGAGGUCAGAUUUUGACGAUGAUAGGCAGAUCCAGUUAUUGUCGCAAAGUCAUCAAUCUGGAUCGAAAAGGUAUCUUACUAUGAUUCAAGAAAUUCUUUCGGAAAUCACGACCUGUUUUCUCGGAGAUGUCGAGAAAACGAGCCAUAAACAGAUGGAUUUAAAUGAUAGAUUUGAGGGUCACAAUCAUCCUGAAUUAAGAGGAUUGGGAGUCAAAGCAAUAAGGAAACAUUUGCUGGUUUUACUACAACAGGUGGAUGAACAGUUUAACCGAUGCUUAAGUGAGGUUCAUAGAGUAAAGUCUGCGUUCCAUGUUGUUACAGAGUUGGAUCCGCGGAUGCAUGCUUCUUUCGCUCUUCAAACAAUCUCGUUAUUCCGUAACAACUUAAGGAAGAGAUUACGUAAUCGAAUUCUUGCAGUUGGACCCGAUCUUAACGAAAUCGAUCCAAAGGAAUCCGAGUUAUCGUCUCUUCUACGAAAGCAUUGGGCACAUCAGCGGCUAAGAGGAAAAGGUCAACAGUUGUGGAAACCACAAAGAGGUUUGCCUGAAAAAUCGGUUUCCGUUUUGCGAGAAUGGAUUUUUCAAAACUUUCUUCGCCCGUAUCCGAAGGAUUCAGAGAAACAGUUGUUGGCUGUUAAAAGCGGAUUAACAAGGAGCCAGGUGUCAAACUGGUUUAUAAAUGCACGAGUUCGAUUUUGGAAGCCGAUGAUCGAAGAAAUGUACGUAGAGAUGAAGACGAUGACAACUGCUGGUGAUGAAGAAACUGAAAGCAACCAUAGAAUUAGAACCCAUCACCAAGAACACUAGUAUAUAAAACAAUGAUGUCCAUGGUUGAAAUAUUGUAGCUACACACAAUAACCUCAAACUCCUUUAUGUUAUUUUCUUUGACAGGCUUA